AUGAUGACCAGAGCCGGCUGCUUUGAUCCGGGCAAGGGAAAGACCAUGCUGCUGAUUGGCAUUGUCGAUGAACUGGAGCAGCAGCUUGCUCGGCUUAGGCAGGAGAAACAGUCGCCUGCUCCCACUGUUCUCACAUACUUCAUCUGCCAGGGCAUGGACUCGAAUAUGAACAAUGCUGCGGCCGUUCUAAGAGGUCUAAUCUACCUCCUCGCCGUCCAAUACCCGCCGCUUGCCUCGAAUCUACGCGAGGAGUAUGAACACUCUGGCAGCAAGAUCUUCGAGGAUACCAACGCGCUCGUUGCUCUGUUCAAGAUUCUCACGGGCAUGCUGCGAGAUCCUACUCUUGCAAGGGCAUUUAUCAUAAUCGAUGUAUUGGAUGAGUGCGAGACUGGCCUGCAGCAGCUUUUGAGGCUCGUCGUUGAGAACACGUCUACUUCCCGUGUCAAGUGGAUUGUCUCCAGCCACAACAGGCAUGAAAUUGAGCAGCAGCUGAAGCUCAACGACUGGCAAAUGAAGCUGAGCCUCGAACUAAAAGCUAACGCGGACUAUGUGUCACAUGCCGUCAACGUUUAUAUUGACGAUCGGGUGUCGCAACUCGAGUCACUAAAAGAUGACGACGCACCUCGAGAUCAAGUGCGACGCAUCUUGAGACAAAAGGCCGCAGACACUUUCCUUUGGGUAGCCCUCGUCGUGGAAGGGCUCAAAACGGUUGCAAGCUGGGAUGUUUUGGACGUGCUUGAGGAGAUGCCGAGCGGCUUGGAAGAACUCUAUGCUCGAAUGAUGAAGCAAAUCCAACAAUUAGAGAGGAGAAAUCCAGAGCUUUGUCGGCUCAUGCUUGCGACGGCCAUACUGGCAUAUCGUCCACUUCAUAUACUUGAGAUAGGACUACUCGCCGGGCUGCCGGAAACUAUUUCCAACAAGGCGCACCAGGUUCGGAUGCUUGUAAGUAUGUGCGGCUCAUUCCUCACUGUGCGAGACGAUCGAGUCUAUAUUAUCCACCAGUCGGCCAAGGACUACUUAAUGAGCGACAAAGCAAACGCCGACAUCGUUCCCCCUGGAAGUACCGAGACCCACCGCGAAAUAUUCCUACGAUCGCUACAGGCUAUGGAAAAGACGCUGCGGCGGGACAUUCACAACCUGAAUGAUCCCGGAUUUUCUAUAGACGAUCUCAACAUGCCAGAUCCUGAUCCAUUGGUAUCCGUACGAUACUCUUGUAUCUACUGGGUUGACUACCUUGACCAGGCACGGGAACGAAUUGACCUGGUCGAUAGCGGCCCAGUCCACAAAUUUCUUGAAGUUUACCUUCUUUACUGGGUCGAGACUUCAAGUCUAUUAGGGGCGCUACCUGAUGCAUUACUUGCUGUAGGAAACCUGGAAAGGCUCUUGAAGACCAUGUUCAGCUCAGAGGCUAGCCUACUACUCUCCCUUACAGUAGACACGAAUCGGUUUCUUCUUCACAACGGAUUGAUAAUCAAGAACGCUCCGCUUCAAACUUAUGUAUCGGCGUUUCUCUUUAGCCCGUCUGGAAGUCCAAUGCGCGAUCUGUUCAAGAAAGAGGAGCCAAAAUGGCUUUUUAUGGGACACGCUGUAAAUAAGCAGUGGAGCCCGUUGGUUCGAACGCUCAAGGGCCACCGAGAUACGGUUUUAUCGGUCGCAUUUUCGCCUGAUGGGAAGCUCAUAGCGUCAGGAUCAAGUGAUAAGACCAUUAGGGUCUGGGAUGCAGUAAUGGGCGAGAAUAAGCACACGCUUGAUGGCCACGGCUAUACGGCCUUGUCGGUCAUAUUCUCAUCCGAUGGGAAGCUUAUACUGUCAGCAUCACACGACAAGAUAGUCAAAGUCUGGGAUACAGUGACCGGUAAAGUCAAAUACACACUCAAGGGCCACAGCGAUAUAGUCUUGACAAUAGCAUUCUCACCCGACGGGAAGCUCAUAGCGUCGGGAUCGCGCGACAAGACCCUCAAGGUCUGGGACGCGUCAAUGUGCGAAUUGAAGCAAACGCUCCAGGGCCACCGCCGCACUAGCGAUUCCGUUUCGUUCGACACUUCUGAAGAAUACCAGUUCACCAAGAUCACCUAUCCAAAAGUAGAUGCUCACCUCCAUAAUGUCACUGAAGUUCAAAUUCAGUCUCCCGGUCAAAAAGUUCGACAAUGUGGGUAUAACCUGAGUCCGGACAAGGCCUGGAUUACAUGGAAUGGACACAGGGUGCUGUGGCUGCCGUCCAGAUACCGACCUUCAGAACGCCCAAGGUCAGUCAUUUGGCUGUUCGCGCCCCCGCCGAACUUGGCGAGAGUUGCCAUCGACUGCGACUCGGGAAGAGUUGUUGUCAUCAGCUUCUCGAAACCGCCGUCUGGUGUUCCGUCAUCCAGUGAUUAA